UCUUUAGUCUAUCCUCUCUUCCACAACAAGAAAAAAAAAUGGUCCAAAAGCCAAACACUGGUGCGCCUAGCCCAUUGCAGCUGCAGCAGCAACCACCAAAGCAAUGGCUCAACCGCAGCAAAACAUUCUUCGACGUUCCUAAUCCGAAAAUCGUUACAAUCUUUCUCAUAAGUAUCUUUGCCACGUUUUUCUCAGGCAUUGCUUUUGUCUUUGAAUGGAUAUUUCAUGGCAAGAACCAUGCCGGAUUCCAAUGGAUCAUCUACUACGGCUUGUCCUUAAUCUUUCUUCCUGUUCUGAUCCUGCUCGGUCUUGGUAUCGUCAUUGCUGUUACGACCAGGCACGAGUCAAAACAGGUUGCUAGCUCCAUCGUGGAAGUUGAAGAACAGCAACAUGUCGACCAUUCUGCCGGUAAAGGUGGCAAUGAAGAAAAAGAUUAUGAUAAAAACUGUCAGAGUUUGGCUGUUGUGGUUGAUGGAUAUGAUAAAAAGAGCGCCGCGAAAACAUUGGAGCAUAAAACUUUAAAACUGAAACGCGCCGUUUCGUUCCCAUUGCGUAGCCAAGCAAGAUCAUGCCGGACUAGGUGAGUGUUCCAGUCACUAUGGAUCAUCUAUCUUCCCCCAUGUAAUUUCUUUCCUUUAUUUUUCGAUGAGAUUUAUCUGCACUUCUGUUAACUUUUAUUUAAUUGUGUAAUGCUGGUCUUAUAAUAAUUAUUUUGAAAAAGAAAUCUAAACCAACCUAAAAUGUCGAAAAUCGAUUCUCGACAAGUCAAUUGUCAUCUUAGGUACGUACAAGAAAUCACGUUGUGAUUGUCGCGACGUUUUAAAAUUAGUCUUAAGGAUGAACAGAGAUGUUUUGAUCUAUAAUUUAAAUACGUAAAUAUAAAUAUUAG